GUUCUCCACCGUUCGCCCCGAUCGCGGCCCCCGGCCCCCCGGUACCGGCCCCGGUCCCUCCCCCCGGCGUCACCGGCAUCAAACCCCGGCUCCAGCGGCGGCUCCGGCACCGGCCCCACCGGCACCGCGGGGCCCGCACCCCCCAGGGGGGGCGCUGGGGGGGGCUCCCCCGGCCAUGGCCUGCCUGCACGAGACGCGGACGCCGUCGCCGUCGCUGGCGCUGGGGUCGGACGGGACCCCCGAGCAGGAGCUGACCCCGACGCAGUGCGUGCUGCGGGACGUGCUGCCCCCCGGGCCCGGCCCCGCCACCGGCACCGGGCCCCCCCCGGGCCCCGCCGCCGCCCCCGAGCCCGCGCGCCCCCUGCCGGCCGCGGCCGCGCACCUGCGGUGCCAGGCGGGGGGCGGAGGGGGGCUCCUCGAGGGGCUCUUCGGGUGCCUCAAGCCCGUGUGGACCAUGAUCGGGAAAGCGUACAGCGCCGAGCACAAGCACCCGCAGGAGGACCCCUGGGAGGUGCCGUUCGAGGAGAUCCUGGACCUGCAGUGGGUGGGCAGCGGGGCGCAGGGCGCCGUGUUCCUGGGCCGCUUCCACGGCGAGGAGGUGGCCGUGAAGAAGGUUCGAGACCUCAAGGAGACCGACAUCAAGCACCUGCGCAAGCUCAAGCACCCCAACAUCAUCACCUUCAAGGGGGUGUGCACCCAGGCACCCUGCUACUGCAUCAUCAUGGAGUUCUGCGCCCAGGGGCAGCUCUACGAGGUGCUGCGCGCCGGGCGCAAGGUCACCCCGUCCCUGCUGGUCGACUGGUCCAUGGGCAUCGCCGGCGGCAUGAACUACCUGCACCUGCACAAGAUCAUCCACCGCGACCUCAAGUCGCCCAACAUGCUCAUCACCUACGACGACGUGGUGAAGAUCUCGGACUUUGGCACAUCCAAGGAGCUCAUUGACAAGAGCACCAAGAUGUCCUUCGCCGGCACCGUGGCCUGGAUGGCGCCGGAGGUCAUCCGCAACGAGCCCGUGUCCGAGAAGGUUGACAUCUGGUCCUUCGGGGUGGUGCUGUGGGAGCUGCUGACCGGGGAGAUCCCCUACAAGGACGUGGACUCCUCGGCCAUCAUCUGGGGGGUGGGAAGCAACAGCCUCCACCUGCCCGUGCCCACCGGCUGCCCCGACGGCUUCAAGGUGCUGCUGCGCCAGUGCUGGAACAGCAAGCCCCGGAACCGGCCGUCGUUCCGGCAGAUCCUGCUGCACCUCGACAUCGCCUCCGCAGACGUGCUGUCCACCCCGCAGGAGACGUACUUCAAGUCCCAGGCCGAGUGGCGCGAGGAGGUGAAGCUGCACUUCGAGAAGAUCAAGUCGGAGGGGACGUGUCUGCACCGGCUGGAGGAGGAGCUCAUCAACCGCCGGCGCGAGGAGCUCCGGCACGCGCUGGACAUUCGGGAGCACUACGAGCGCAAACUGGAGCGCGCCAACAACCUGUACAUGGAGCUCAGCGCCCUCAUGCUGCAGCUCGAGCUCAAGGAGAAGGAGCUGCUCAGGCGGGAGCAGGCGCUGGAGAAGCGCUACCCGGGGCUGUUCAAGCCGCGGGCGCCGCGGGGGCUCCUGCACGGAAACGCCGUCGAGACCCUCAUCAAGAAGCGCAACGUCCCGCAGAAGCUCUCGCCCCACGGCAAGCGCCCGGACCUGCUGAAGCCGGAGGUGCUGCUGCCGAAGCUGGACGCGGCCAUGGCGCAGGUGGCGCUGCCCGGCUGCCCCAAGGGCCCCCCCUCGCCCGGCCGCAGCCGCCGCGCCAAGGGCCGCCACCGCAAGGCGGGACCGCGGGGGGGCUGCGCGGAACCGGGCCCCGAGGCCGGCCCCCCCCGCGGACCCCCCCCCGCGUCCCCCGGCCCCGACCUGCUCGGGGGAACCCUGGAGGCGGCGGCCGCGCCCCCGGACACGGGCCCCGAGCUGGGGCCGGGGGGGGCGGCGGCGGCGGCGGCGGCGGCGGCGGCGCCCCCCGGGUCCCCCCCCCCGCAGCCGCCCGCCCCCGGGGAGCCCGAGCGGGACAGCGCGGCAGGGCGGGGCGGCCGGGGGGGGCCCGGGCAGCACCUGACCCCCGCGGCUCUGCUGUACCGGGCGGCCGUGACCCGCGGGCAGAAGCGGGGGGUCUCCUCGGAGGAAGAGGAGGGUGAAGUGGACAGUGAGGUGGAGCUGCCGCUGCGGCAGAGGUGGCCGCCGGGCAUGAGCAAGCGGCAGUCGCUGUCCACGUUCAGCUCGGAGAACUUCUCAGACGGGGACGGGGACGGGGACGGGGAGGAGGGGCACACGAGCGAGCCGUCGCACAGCGCCACCCCCGACGUGGGCAGCACCAACACGGACGAGCGCCCCGACGAGCGCUCCGAGGACCUGCUCUCGCAGGGCUCCGAGAUCCCGCUCGACGCCGCCCCCCCCGACGGCCCCGCGCGCCGCGCCGGCGGCCCCAGCGCCAAGGUCUCCGAGGACUCGGACUGUGACAGCGCGGAGCUGGAUCACUCAGGCAGCGGCGAGGGGCCCCCCCGGCCCACGGCCCCCCCCGGCCUGUGACCUGUGUCCCCCCCGCACCCCCUGCACCCCCCCACACCCCCCCACUUGUACAGCCCCAUAUAUUUAUAUAAAUAUCUAUGGAUCUCUAUA